UAAAUUAACUUUUGCUACUGACUUCCCCAAACGCAUGCGACAACGAUGCGCUAUAGCGCAGUACGACAUUUACCAGCGACGAGACAGCUAUCGCCAAUCAACUACAUCCGCAUUCGUAUAAAUUUCCAACGCGCACKCUUCAAAACUAUUUCCCCAAUUCGUUUUCAUUAAUCAAAAAACGUCAUGCWAAUGAAGUGCCAAAACGUAACGCGUCACCGCCGUCGGCACGAAGAAGUGUCAACAGCAACAGCCGCGCAACGAUCACUGCCAACAUUUAUAGCCGCUGCCGCUGCCAGCACAACCACCGUCGCCACCACAAUCACAACCAUUUGUUGCUGCAUUUGGCUGUUGCUUGUGYACGCACCCGCCCCCACCCAGACGCGACGUCUGCAACGCUGCGAACUCGCCGGCCAAUUGUACAUAUUGGAUGUGCCGAAAUCGGAGCUGUCGCUGUGGCUGUGCAUUGCCCAUUACGAGAGUCGCUACAACACGCAUGUCRUCGGCAAUCGCAAUGCGGACGGCUCCGGCGACUAUGGUCUGUUUCAGAUCAGCAGUCGCUAUUGGUGUCAACCGGACAAUGGCACCAAAUAUUACGCGUUCAAUGAGUGCAAUGUCAAAUGUAGCGCUUUGCUGCUGGAUGACAUAACCGAGGCGGUGGACUGCGCCAGGACUAUACAGCGGCGUCAGGGUUGGAGCGCUUGGAGCGUAUACUCGGUGUAUUGUAAUCGUACGCUCAACGAAGUGGAUGAUUGUUUUGAGAGCGUUUCCGAAGAAGUGCAUGUGGACAGCGAGAUUGAGAAAUGAAGGAGUUCUGCGMAGUUACGGUGUGUGA